AUGCAACAGGGGGAGUUCCUCAACUACGACAUCCUCAUCGGCGUCAACCAAGGCGAGGGCUUGAAGUUCGUGGAGGACUCGUUGGAGAGCGAGGACGGUAUCUCCGCCUCUUACUUUGACUUCACCGUCUCCAACUUUGUGGACAACCUCUACGGUUACCCCGAGGGGAAGGACAUCCUACGGGAAACCAUCAAGUUCAUGUACACGGAUUGGGCCGAUCGGGACAACGGGGAGAUGAGACGUAAAACCUUAUUGGCUCUUUUCACCGACCAUCAAUGGGUGGCCCCGGCGGUGGCCACGGCCAAACUCCACGCCGAAUAUCAGUCACCCGUCUGCUUCUACACCUUCUGCCACCACUGCCAGACGGACGCGAGGCCCGAGUGGGCGGACGCGGCCCACGGGGAUGAGAUCCCCUACGUCUUCGGGGUGCCCAUGGUUGGUGCCACCGACCUCUUCCCUUGCAACUUCUCCAAGAACGACGUGAUGCUCAGCGCCGUCGUCAUGACCUACUGGACCAACUUUGCCAAAACC